AGGGUUUUUUCCCCCCUCCUGCCUGAAAGUCUGUCGCCAUUGGAUUUUGGAAUGUUUCCCUAAACGGACACUUUAUAAUAAGUAAAGUUCGGUCCUCCAGAGUGAAAGACUUUCCUACAGCCCCGCGGACACUUCAAAGUGCCAGAAAAGAGCAGGUUAAAGGUCACCUGUGAGCCGCAGAAUGGAGAGACUGCAUCUUUUAAAAGACUCCUUCUUCGGCCUGGAGACUGUCCAGCAGCAGCUCAUCAUUGGAUCCGUUGUUGCUGCCACAGGAAUUUUGGCUUUUUUCGCUCGCAGAAGCAGCGAAGUGAAGACCAUUCCUCUUGGAGACGGUUGGUGGGGAACAGGCCAGAAGCCAGCAUCCGAGGAUGAAGCCGUCCAUCCCUUCACCAUCCAAGCCUCAGACAGAGAGAUCCAGGACCUGCACGACCGCAUCGACAGAACCCGCUUUGCUGAGCCCUUGGAGCACAGUGGCUUCCAGUACGGCUUCAACUCCACGUAUCUUAGGAGGGUGGUGUCCUACUGGAGGAAUGAGUUUGACUGGAAGAAGCAGGUGGCGGUGCUGAACACGUACCCACACUUCAAAACCAAAAUCGAAGGACUGGACGUGCACUUCCUUCGCGUGCGCCCGUCACACGCCAGCGGCCAGAGGGUUCUUCCUCUGAUGCUCGUUCACGGCUGGCCAGGCUCCUUCUACGAGUUCUACGGGAUUCUCCCACUUCUCACUAAGAACCAGGACGGCGUUGCAUUCGAGGUCAUCAUCCCGUCCAUCCCGGGCUACGGCUUUUCCGAAGCCUCUCACAAACAAGGGUUGGACAGCCUGGCCGUUGCCAGGAUUUUCCUGAAGCUGAUGGAGCGUUUGGGGUUCUCGCAGUUCUAUGUGCAAGGAGGGGACUGGGGCUCCCUCAUCACGACCAACAUGGCACAGAUGAAGCCUGAGUGUGUGAAGGGUCUCCAUCUCAACAUGUGCAUGUCCACGAGGGGCUUCAAGAUAAUGCUGUCUCUGAUGAUCGGCCCCUAUCUGCCCUUCCUGGUGGGCCUCACUCGGGAGGACGUCCGACGGCUGUUCCCGUUCUUUAAGAAGAACGUUUGGGAAAUCCUGAAGGAAUCUGGCUACAUGCACAUUCAGGCCACCAAACCCGACACCGCAGGCUGUGGGGUCAACGACUCUCCUGUCGGGCUGGCGGCCUACAUUUUGGAGAAGUUCUCCACCUGGACCGAUUACAAAAACAGAGAUCUGGCCGACGGGGGACUGGAGAGGAAGUACAGCUUGGAUGACCUUCUGACCAACGUCAUGAUCUACUGGACCACCGGCUCAAUCGUUUCCUCCAUGCGCUUCUACAAGGAGAACUUCAAGAGCGACCCCAACAGCAGAAUCGAUGGCCUAACCGGGAUUUUCGUGCCCACCGGUGUGGCGGCGUUUCCCAACGAGCUGAUGCACUGUCCCAAAUCCUGGGCUCAGAUCAGAUAUCGGAACAUCCAGUCCUACACGCUCAUGCCGAGCGGCGGUCACUUUGCCGCCUUCGAAGAGCCCCAGCUGCUCGCUAAAGACAUCAUCCAGUUUGUGAAGAAAGUGGAGAAGCUGUAAAUGCAGAGCAGGAGUCAUGAUGCUUUUGGUUUUAAUUGUAAUUCAUCAUUCUUCACACAAAUAUGCUUUAAUCUUCUCUGCACCUGGUUCGCUCUCCUUGAUGCUAGUUAAAAAUCAUUUUCAGUGAAUAACGGAUGUUAACUGUGUCCCGAGAUAUGAAUAACAAAAGCAACGACUUUUGUCAAACCGUUCAAGUCUUGUUCAUUAAAAUGUAUUGCACAAGCGG